UGAUCAGAGUCUCAGAUCUCGCAGGAUUUACAGGGAAUCUCACCGAUCUUCCGAUGGAUCUCGUAGUGCUCGCGAUUUUACUGUCCAUCACCUUCAGCGCCGCUCAAGGCGCCACACCCAAAUGUUGUGUUGAAACGACUAAAAAGUUUCCUCUUGAAGUUCUGCUGAAGGUCACGAAAUACGACGUCCAGACGGGCCAAGGAGUGUGUACGAUUGAUGCCCUCGUAUUGCAUGUCAAAGACAAGAGAUACUGUGCAACACCCAAGCUGGAGAGACUUCUGAAAAUGAUACUGUCAAAACCGAGGAACGGUCUUAAAUACGGUUCUGCUGUUUGAAUGGGAUCAGAGGAUAUAAUGCAUCAUAAACAUGUGUAAAGAUCCUUUACUUUCUUCUGUAACACUUUAUUAUAAGGUGACAUAGUUACACAUGUUACAUGUACUUACUAUAGUAAUAACAGUAAAUUAUGCAUAAUUAAGUAUCUAACCAUACAUGUAGUUAACAAUUACUACGAAGUACUUAUUUGUGUAAUUAUACUGUAACAACAUCCUUAAAAUAAUGUGCAACCCUUUCUUCUGUUUGCAUGUUUUUCUACAUUAGCUUGAUGAACUAGGUUACCUUGCAUAUGUAGUUACUAGUCUUGAACCCAUUUUGUUGAAUGCUUUAUAACUGCUUUCUUACAACAAAAUAAAGAUGUUUUUUUAUAUA